AUGCACAGGAAACUUCAAUUGCAAGAACUGGAGGAAAUUCGUCAUGAUAUUUACGAGAAUGCGAGAAUGUAUAAGGAGAAGACUAAGGCAUUCCAUGAUCAGUGUAUCACACGAAAGACAUUUAUAGUUGGGCAGAAAGUUCUCCUAUAUCAUUCUCGACUCAAACUCUUUCCUGGAAAACUCCGUUCUCGAUGGGUAGGACCGUUUGUUGUUACCAAGGUAUAUGACCAUGGUGUGGUGGAGAUUCGUAGUGAUGGCACAGGGAAGGAAUUCAAGGUGAACGAUCAUCGACUCAAGCCGUACUAUGAGGGUUAUCAGGCCCAAAAUAUUGAAGUGAUGGAGUUAGAAGCUCCAAACUAUGAAGACUAG